GUUAUGGGCUAGCUGGGUAUGCCUUAUUUGUAGCAGUAAUUGCUGGCUUAGAAAUCCUUGCAAUACCAGCUAUCCCGUUAACCAUGUCAGCUGGUCUACUAUUUGGUUAUAUUAUUGGCACUAUCAUUGUCUUUAUUAGUGGAACGGUGGCUGCAAGUGUUUCCUUUCUAAUUGCCAGAUAUUUUUCCCGUGAUCGUAUUCUUAAAUUGGCGGAAGGAAACAAGAAAUUUCUUACGAUUGACAAGACAAGAAAUGCAACAGGGUUAGUUGCUCCAGCUAUUGCCACGAGUUUAGGUGCCUUAACAUAUACAUUGGGCACCCUCGUCCCUAUGAUAGGAGCAAGUGGAUUUGCUACAGCUACACCUGUAACUGCUAUAGAAACUGUUGCCAGUAGUUUUAGAUAAUCUCUCAAUAGUUAUCGAUAUGUUUAGAAAGUUAGAUAUGCAUAGUUUUGGGUGGUUUAAACUUUUUGUACAGUUUAGAACUUAAAGAUAUAGUUUUCGAAUCUUUAGAAUAUAUAGACAAUUGUUGAAUGUUUAUAAUUUAUGGAUAUAGUUUCUUUUUGAUGUUUCAAACAA